CAUUCCUUUGAUGGUGUGCACAUGCAGAAAGCAAUACAUUUUACUUUUUAAAUUUAAGUGCUGUUGCUGAACAGCACACCUCCAGCGUACUAGACUUCCAGCUUACUGAAUUUCUGCAACAUUUUCACCUGCUUACCACCUACUUCUUUUAAAGCUCCCAUUUUGCUUGGAGUCUAGGUUGAUGAAAUUAAGUGUUUCCUAGUUGUUUGGACUUGGUUGCUGAAGUCAUAAAUUACUUCCUGAAAAUCUGGUCCCACUGUUUCUCUUUCCUCCUGCCCAGUCAUCCCGCUCUAAUAAUUUAGCUGCAUUCUUACACACAGUUUUCUGCAAGUAAGUCCCACUGAAGUUAAUGGGACUUACAUCUGAGUAAACAUUCACCAGUUGUGCUGCUGGGAUCAUAAUUUUAAACCUUUUAUUUGUUCAGUCUUCAAUUCCUGCUCUUUCAUUCUUUUGAUUACUGGGGUGCUGACAAUAAGAUUGAUAGUGUAAAUAGUAUACUGCUUUUAUUAAUUUUUUCAGUCACGUUUGUGGGGGGGUUCAAGUCCCCACCUAUGUAAGUAACCACUCCACUACAGGUUGUGCUAUGGUGGUCCAUUCCUUUUUCUACCUCCACAAAAUUUUGUACUCUGUGCUCAUGUUAAGAACAUAAGAACAGCCCUGCUGGAUCAGGCCCAAGGCCCAUCUAGUCCAGUAUCCUGUGUCACACAGUGACCCAGCAGAUGCCCCUGAGAAGCUCACAGGCAAGACGUUGCUCUUUCUGUUGCUCCCCUGCAACUGGUAUUUAGAGGCAUCUUGCCUCAGAGGCUGGAGGUGGCCUAUAGCCUCCAGAUUAGUAACCAUUGAUAAGAAUAUAAGCCAUUGAUAAGAACACUAAAAAGUAAAAAAGUGAUAUUGAAAAAAUACCCUUUUCCCCAUAAAUUGGAUGGCUAUUGUGGCCAACACCCCCCCCCCACACACACACAGACACAAAAAAAAAAAAAAAAAAAAAAAAAACCAAGAAAGAAGCAGGGGCUCUAUGAACCCUCAGCAACAUAACCCAUAGGAAUAAUUCAUCACCGUCAGGAAAGGCCCUAGUGCUUGUAUACCAAAAUAGAGCUGAGAUCCCAGCUCUCUACCUCCAAGCCAGCACUUGGUGGGAGUGGAUAUUCCAGCUGAUGUCAGCUUUGAUGAGGCCAGUGAGUUUCAAGGUGGCAGCUGCAGUGCUUGAUACAACUCCAGUGUACGAAAGAACUCUAGAGCUUCCAGUCCAAUAAAAGCCAUGGGUAGAUGUAGGUUCUUAUCUCUUUGACUAAUGUGGUUAUCAUGCAAAACACAUAUGACACAACGGGAUGGAUGGGGUGUUUUAAAAAGUGGUAGAGCUCAUGCUUUGUAUACAGAAGGUCCUGGGAUCAUUCCAUGACAUCCCCAGAGGGUCCACCCGAGAAGGUUACUGGAUCCUAUAGGAUUUCAGGAAGCCUUGGAGGGAUUUAGUGUUGGCUCUGCUGGUGACCCUGUUGACACUCUGGUGGAGAACUGGAAAAAUCAACUCACCAGGGCAGUGGAUAUGAUCACUCCUAAGUGUCCUCUCUGACCCACUUUGAAAUUGGCCCCUUGGUAUACGGAAGAACUACGGAGGCUGAAGCGGCAAGAUAGACAACUAGAGCACAAGUGGAGGAAGACUCAACUUGAAUCGGACAGAUUAUUACAUAGAGAGCAUUUGAAGUCCUUUGCUGGGGUGAUAUGUGCGGCAAAGAAGCAGUUCUUUUCCUCUCGUAUCGUGUUCAGAAGCUCACGUACAGCGGAGUUGUUCAGGAUUGUGAAGGGGCAAAUGUGAGCCCCUUCUCCCUUGAAUCAGUACUUGAAACCGACAAUUACUCUAUGUGACCUUCCAAAUGAGUUUUUUUGUGGACAAAAUCUCUCGUAUUUGGGUCAACUUAGAUUCAAACUCCACAAUUGUUAGGGAUGCCGAGGUGUCCAGCAGUUCUCCUUAUGUGAUGACCAUGGAUCAGUUUCAGUUCAUGACCCCUGAGGAUGUGGACAAGUUGCUUGGAAUGGUGUGGCCUACCACCUGCCCUCUUGAUUCUUGCCCAACAUGGCUUAUAAAAUCUAGCAAGGAAGCUGUUGUAGAGGGCCUUGUAAAAAUCAUAAAUACUCUCUGAGGGAGGGCAGGAUGCCUCCUUGUCUUAAGGAGACAAUUAUUAGACCAUUUCUGAAGAAGCCUGCCUUGGAUCCCUUAGAGUUAAGCAAUUACAGGCCUGUCCCCAAUCUUCCAUGGCUGGGCAAGGUGAUUGAGAAGGUGGUGGCCUCCCAGCUCCAGGCAGUCGUGGAGGAAACUGAUCAUCUAGAUCCAUUUCAAACUGGCUUUUGGGUGGGCUACCUUGUUCUGCCUGAUGGAUGAUCUUCAACUGGGAAUUGACAGAGGGAGUAUGACUCUGUUGGUAAUCUCUCAGCGGCUUUCAAUAUUAUUGACCAUAGUAUACUUCUGGAAUGUCUGAGGGGACUGGGGGUGGGAGGCACUGCUGUGCAGUGGUUCCGCUCCUACCUCACAGGCAGAUGCCAGAUGGUGUAUCUUGGAGACUGUUGUUCUUCAAAAUCUGAACUUUCGUAUGGUGUCCCUCAGGGCUCCAUAUUGUCUCCAGUGUUGUUUAUCGUCUUCAUGGAACUGCUGGGAGAGAUCAUCAGGAGAUUUGGUGCAGGAUGUUAUCAAUAUGCUGAUGACACCCAAAUCUAUUUCUCCAUGUCAACAGCAUCAGGAGAAGUCUCUAAAUGCCUGCCUGGAGGCAGUAAUGGGCUGGAAAAGGGAUAACAAACUGAGGCUGAAUCCAGAUAAGACAGACGUACUUAUAGUUCAGGGUCGGAACUCAGGAGACUAUUUUGAUCCGUCGGUUCUGGAUGGGCUCAUGCUCCCCCAGAAGGAACAGCUGUUGGGAAAGUGCAAACAUGGCUGCCCACCACCACUACCAUUAUUUAAACCUCAUCGCCAUCAACUUCAUCACCGGGAUCUUUCCCAGAGAAUUUACUGUGCAUUUUCUAAAAUUGGCCCUGGUGAAUCUUUCAUGAACGUCUCUCAGCUAGCUCCAUGUGGAAAGAAAGAUGAUGAGAACAGUUUCCCUGAAGCUAAAAUGUUCUCAAUAAUUUGCAGUAACCCCGCCACACACACACAAAAUAAGCAAAGUGUAAGUGUUAUGGUCUGGGAAUUUCCCCAAGCAAUUCCAGGAUAAAUCAGAAAGGAGACUAAUAGAAAGCCUGCCAGAGGAUGCUAAGCACAGUGUGCCAUCUCCUCCAUUCACUUUCUAUACUUGCUGCCAUUUUGUCAAACUUCCUUUUGAUCUGAGCAAGACUGUGCCUGAGGGAUGUUUACCCACUUGCAAUUAAUUGAAAUGGUUUCAUUCUGUUAACUUUUUAGAUCAACUGUUGAGGUGGAUGUUAUUUCAAAGUGAGCUCUCAGAGCUCAAAGGUCACAAAACUUUCCAUUUGCACUGUGAGGGAGUCUUGCAUAUGGAAUAUUUCAUUUGUAGUAACCUGACAGAAGAUGCUGAGCAUGACGAAGAAUGGUUUACCAAAGGAAGAAAAAGAAAUAUUAAAUAGGAUAUCAUAUAUGCUAUAUAGAUUAGCAGACCUUUGCUUGCUAGCUUUAGAGGACCUACUGGGAAUACUUUGACUUUCUGUUCUGCCUUCUACUUUUAA